AGCCACGGCCGCUUAGAAGCAAACAGCGAGGAGACCGGUGAGACCAGGAGGAGUCCACGCUGCGGGAGUCGUAGAUGUCAUCAGGUUGUUACAAGUUUGAAAAAGUUUUAACCGGAGCGGAAAAGUAAACCGACGCAUCGAGACAGAUUCGGUUUCACUGAUGCUGGGAGCUUGUUGAGCGCUUAGUGUAGUGUCCCGUGUGCCUCGGUCUUGUCUCCGGCUGACCAAUGCUUCUGCACCAGUUCAUGAACGGAGCCCUGGAAGUCAUGCAUCCCACCUCGCUGCAGAAAGACACUACUUUUACCAAAAUCUUUGUCGGCGGCCUGCCGUACCACACAAACGAUGCCUCACUCAGAAAGUACUUCGAGGCCUAUGGGGACAUUGACGAAGCUGUGGUGAUAACGGACAGACAGACCGGGAAAUCCAGAGGAUACGGCUUUGUGACCAUGACGGACAGAAGCGCAGCGGAGAGAGCCUGCAAGGACCCCAAUCCCAUCAUCGACGGCAGGAAGGCCAACGUCAACCUGGCUUACCUGGGCGCCAAGCCUCGCAGCAUACAGACAGGCAUAUCCAUCGGAGUGCAGCCCAUUCACCCGGCCCUCAUCCAGAGGCAGUAUGGGUUGGCCCAGCCGUACGUCUACCCGCAAGCGUUUGUGCAGCCUAGCCUGGUGCUGCCCACUCAGGUUUCCUCGUCUGUCAGCAGCAGCCCCUACCUGGACUACAGUGCGGCCUACUCCCAGUACGCCCAGGCCGCUUUCGAUCAGCAGUACCCGUACGCCGCCUCUCCGGCCGGCUUCCUGAGCUACAACUACGCCACCAGCCCCACUGCCACCGCCGGCCCGGCCGCCGCCGCCACGGCCCCGGCCACCGUCCACCCCACCCUCCCCUCGGCCACCGGCCCAGCUCCGACCUUCCUGCACUACGCCCCACAGCAGCACAUCCAGCCGGACCGUAUGCAGUGAACCAGGAAGGAGGCAGAGGAGAGGGAGCAGUACAGGUGGAAGGAUAAGAGGAGGAGAAGAAGGAGGAGGAAGGGUGCGAGUAGUAGUGGUGGUUGAGGACCUUUGGACAGAGGAUGGUGAAACACCCUGUAGGGUGACCUUGCUGUUGUCAGCAGCAGCUUUCAGGAAAAGAGUGGGACUAUUGCACUAUAUGAUCAGAAUGAGCCGUUUGCUCAUUGGUGAAAGCUCGGGGGAGGGAGGGGCAGGGGGGGUGCUGUUGGGGAUCAGGUUGGGAAGCUAAACAGCAUAAAGUAUGUGGUUGCUUCCAAGGGCUUCCAGAAGCUGACACUUCAUUUUUUUUUUUUUUUUAUUAUUAUUAUUUUUAUCUUCCUUUAUUAUCGUAUUAAUGUCCCUGUCAGCGUUUGUAUGCCAUUCUUAUCAAUGUUAGCAUGUUUUUUGGCUCAAUCGGUGAAAGCUAUGUAUGUCCGUGGUACAUACUGAUGUUUGGAGAGCUGUCUGGGACACGUAACACCUCCUUCCUCCCGCUUACAGAGCAUCUGGGGGGUGGCUAUUUGGGGGCGCCGCUGCUUUAGGACACUGAAAGACAGACAUAGAUGGGAGUGCGGGGUGAAGGCAAAGUGGUGGAGGCAAUCGGCGAUGCAUACAGCUGGCGUCCCAGGCGUGGUCCCCAUCCCGGUGCACGGAGAGGCGGAGACCUGCGACAUGAACAAACCUACAGCGUCCACGUAGGAGGAUGAAGAGAGAUUGCACCUCACGGACAAAAGUUUUCAGUAUAAGACCAUGGGAGUUGCAUUGUUUUGAGACGUCAAUGUCAAGACUACAAACAUUUUUAUUAUUUUAAUCAAGAGGCCUUAAUAAAUAAAUAAAAAAAAAUGAAUAAAUAAAUAAAGAAGAAAAAGAGAUCUCCUAAUUUUUCAAGUGCUCCUCCCUCCACAGAGCUGCACGCAGCAAGUCUCUUAUUACUGACCCGACUGGGUCCGGAAAGUCAUAUUAAUCUGAGUCUUGGUAAUUUCACAUGGAUGUAGAUAAUCACAAGCAGUAUGUGGACAAAUGGGUACCAAGGAGCUUCAUAUAUCAUUGUUGAAAGGUAGCUGACACUGAGCUCAAACACCAGUGUUUUUUUUUUUUUUGUUGUUUUUUUUAUCAUUAUUACUAUUAUUAUUGUCGUUGUUUAGUCUUUAUCGUCACUGAGAUUGUUUAAAAACCAUUGCUCUCAAAAGGACAUUCAUGUACAGCAUUUUAAAAUGUCUUCAGUCCUCAAGUACAUCUAAAUAUUUAUGGUAUUUAUAAGAGGUACUAAGUUAAAAUAGUUUUUUUUUUUUUUUUUUUUGUUACUAUGACUGUGGCGCUGAUGUCUUUUAACUCGGCAUAGCUGCAGCUCUACAGGUGUCGUAUUCAUUUUGUUUAUCCUGUGACCACGUCGGGGGAUUCAACGACGAGCUCUCGUUUGUAGCUCCUGGACUGGUUUCAUUGGAAGUUCACUAGGAUUUUUUUAUUUAUUAUUAUUACUUUUUUUUUUUUUAAAGAAUGUCUUUUACAGUCCCUUCAAAGAAGCCAUACCAAAAAAAACAAAAUAAAGAAUUUGUACUUAAAAAGA